AUGUCUCCCCAGCCCGACUCCUCCCCAUUCCGAGAUUCGAGGACCCGGACCAUCAACAAUAUGCGCAAAACCACGCGCACACCAGGCGUUCAAGAAAUUGUGUACGGAGAAUCCACUGUACGCGACGUGCCAAGAGCUGAAGUCCAUCCGGCAAGUGGUCACGCAAAAGUAAACCUUGCCAACCCAGGGGGAGGCACUAGCCCCGUUAAACCAGAAGGGUCUGCCGGGUUCCUGGGAGUCUGGUUGGACUGGAAACUCAACUGGAAGGCUCACCUGGUGGCGGUGGAGAAGAAGCCGAGGACCCAGAGCUAUGCCCUGUCGAGGAUCGUGGCAAAGACGUGGGGAAUGGGGCUAGCCAAAGCGCGAGAAGUGUACACAAAGUGCAUCCGGUCGGCGCUGGCCUAUGGCGCAUCAUCGUUUCACAUCCCCACGGAUGUGGGAGGCGAGCCGGUAAAGAAAGGCAUCACUAAGGCCCUCGGGAAGGCCCAGAAUAAGAGCUUGCGGAUUGUGGCGGGAGCCUUUAAGUCUACCCCCAUCCGUAACCUCGAGACAGAGACAUGGGUACCACCAUUGGACUUGUACCUAAACAAACGGCUUGCAGAUUACGAAAACCGACUCCAACGACCCGAUCUGGACGACGGUCAAGGCGGCAAGAAGACGGCGGCGAGCGUUGUCCUCACCGCCUGCCGCAAGAUACAGCAGAGACUUAGCUCGAGGAGGGGCAACAGGGGCCGACCGCGAACCUUGGGACCUCAAGGGCCUAUGGCGGUGGAGAGAGCCGCGGGCACGGAGACGCUAUUCCGGAACGGAACCCUAAGGAGGCACGACGGUCUCAGCAAGGCGAAGAGCUCACUGCUGAUUCAAAUCCGGACGGGAGCAAUAGGCUUACGGGACUUCUUGUUUACACGGGGAGUCCCGGAGGUUCUGACUCCUGCCUGCGAGUGUGGCGAGGGACGAGAGACUGCCGAACACCUGGUAGUGUGGUGUUUGGCCCCACCGUUGACUCGAAGAUGGGAGAGAACUGGAAUUCGGACACGACGGGACUUUUACUCUGUUCUACACGGCAUCAAUCCCACGACUGCACGGCUCGCCAGGAGAGUCCUCGACUGGCUGAUGGACUCGGCGAAACUGCCGAUGUACAACUUGGCCAGGAGGCUCGAGCUGGAAGCGGCGGCCUGA